GAGAAAGAGAGAGAGAAAGGUAACAAGUAAGAAGAGGAUGGUGGAGUCGUUCAAACGCGGAAGACUCAGUUUGUUGCUAAAUUCUUCUCUAAUCUCCAUUUAGAUCUGCUUCAUUUUCACUUCUUCUUCACGAUCUCGGCAUAACUGAAGGCGACAGCAAAACGAUUCACACUCCGUUCUACUGCACCGACGUUUAUCUUCUUCUUCACCGAUCCGGCACUUCUCCUUGACAGGUGCAAUUAGUGUAUCAUUUGCUAUGCUUACAAGACUUAUCUACUGUAUAAUGAUAGUCAAUGAGCUUUUCAUGUACAAAUGGAAGAAUGGACUAGAAAACUCUGGUGUGAAGAGUAACUUUGCGUAGAACUUGUAAUCUCUGCAAGGAUGCUGCUUAACAAAGUUACAGAAAUUGUUUCUGCUGCAGUGGCUCGUUUCUCGACCCCAAAGACAUCUAACAGUCCAUAUCCAUCAUCGGGAUUACCACCUCUUCCAGGUUCACUUAAUGUUUCCAGCUUAGAUCAGAAGAACAAGUUGAGACUUUCCUCCUCCCUUCAAGAUCUUUCUGCAUACCGGCGCCUUGAUCUGGAAGAUGGUGGUCCUAACCCUGAAAUAGAGAGGGAUUCAACUAAUUUAAAACGGCUAAAUCUUUUCAAGAGAGAAAAUUUGGGUACAAGCUUCUCCAAGGUGAAGGGAACACCGACAGUCACUUCUGCACGAACAAAAUGGACACGAGUUAUCUUUGUUCUCCUGUGCUUGCUAUUGGUUGCGUUUCUCCUAUAUGUGAUGUUUUUCCAUUUUAACUUAUUCAGUAGAGACUCAAAGUAUUAUGUUGUGCUUGAUUGUGGCAGCACUGGGACUCGUGUUUAUGUAUAUCAAGCAUCCCCUAACUAUGUAAAAGAUAACGAUCUCCCUAUUGUAUUGAGAUCACUUCCAGAGAGUUUCCAAAGAAACUCAAGAUUACAGAGUGGACGGGCUUAUAACAGAAUGGAGACAGAACCCGGAUUUGACAAGUUGGUGCACAACACGUCUGGCUUGAAAAGAGCAAUCAAGCCACUAAUAAAAUGGGCAGCAAAGCAAAUCCCUAGGCAUGCACAUAAAACUACUUAUCUCUAUCUUCAUGCUACGGCUGGGGUCCGCAGGCUGCCAAAUUCAGACUCGGAAUGGCUUCUUAACAAUGCUUGGUCCAUUCUGAAAAGUUCUCCUUUUUUAUGCAAGAGGGAAUGGGUCAAAACUAUCACGGGCAUGGAGGAAGCUUAUUUUGGAUGGAUAGCUAUGAAUUAUCAUACUGGUAUAUUGGGAGCAAAACCUAAAAAGGGAACAUUUGGUGCACUUGACUUAGGCGGCUCAUCACUGCAGGUUACUUUUGAGAGCAAGGAAAGUCUCCCUGACGAAACUAGCUUAGAACUGAAUAUUGGCGCUGUUAAUCAUCAUCUUACUGCUUAUUCCUUAGAAGGAUAUGGCCUGAAUGAUGCUUUUGACAAGUCUGUAGUUCAACUUCUCAAGAGGCUUCCCAAGAUCAGUGAUGCAGAUCUCACCAGUGGAAACAUUGAGAUCAAGCAUCCAUGUCUGAAUUCUGGUUACAAGGAGCAAUAUAUCUGUACUCAUUGUGUUUCCCUAUACCAAGAAGGUGGCAAUCCUUCUAGUGGGAGAGAAGUUGCAAGUAAAGGGGGAAAGCCCGGAGUUCGCGUUCAGCUGGUUGGAGCCCCAAAAUGGGAAGAAUGCAGUUCACUUGCAAAAUUUGCUGUUAAUUUGUCUGAAUGGUCUAACAAAAGUUCAGGAAUUGAUUGUGAGUUGCAGCCCUGUGCUCUUGCAGAAAAUCUUCCUCGUCCCUUUGGCCAGUUCUAUGCUAUGUCUGGUUUCUUUGUGGUAUAUCGUUUUUUCAACUUGACCCCUGAUGCUGCGCUGGAUGAUGUAUUAGAAAAGGGUCGGGAAUUUUGUGAUAAGACUUGGGAUGUUGCAAAGACUAGUGUUGCACCUCAGCCUUUCAUAGAACAGUAUUGCUUCAGGGCACCAUAUAUUGUCUCUUUGCUGAGAGAAGGCUUGCACAUUACUGAUAGUCAAGUAACCAUUGGUUCCGGAAGUAUUACUUGGACACUAGGUGUUGCGCUGUCGGAAGCUGGAAAGGCAGUUUCAACUGGGGCGGAACUUAUUAGUUACAAGCUAUUGCUCAUGAAGAUGCACCCAGCUGUUGUUUUUGCUAUUUUGUUUGCUUCAGUAGCUGUUCUUCUUUGUGCAUUAUCAUGUGUUGGCAAGUGGAUGCCCAGGUUCUUCCGUAGGGCAUAUCUUCCCCUUUUCAGGAAUAAUAAUGCUUCAUCCACAUCUAUAAUCAACAUUCCAGCACCUUUCAAUUUCAAGCGGUGGAGUCCUGUUAUUACAGGUGAAGGAAGAGUGAAGACGCCACUCAGUCCAACAAUUGCUAAUACUCAACAGAGACCAUUUGACACUGUGCAUUGUUUUGGUGGCAACGGUAUCCAGCUUGCUGAAUCUUCCUUAUACUCAUCGUCUAGUAGUGUAGCACACAGUUUUUCAUCAGGUAGCCUGGGGCAGAUGCAAUAUGAAAGUAGUACCACAGGUUCCUUCUGGUCACCACACAGAAGCCAACAACGUCUCCAGAGCAGAAGAUCCCAAUCACGAGAAGAUCUCAUUUCUUCACUGUCUACUGAAGUGCCCUUGCCAAAGGUCUAAAUAUGAUGGUAAUAUUUAUUUCAGAAGAGAAAAUCAUAGGGCUGAUGAUUUCUAAUGCUCAUUACCCAAAUGGCAAAUUACCAUCGACUAUGAAUCUCAUGACAUAUGCCUUUCCUGUGUUCUCACCAUAAUGAGACUUAUGGAAAGCUUAUUCAUCCGACAUUACAUAACAUAGAUUCAUAACACGGAUAUUAUCAGUCAAGAAAAGUCUGGCAUCGUUAAUCAAGGCAGCUGUGCAGAACAACAGAGAACUUUUUAUCACGUGGAGCUUGAGAGAGAUUUGCCUCCUGUGAAUACUAGGGGUUCUGCCUGCAAUUCCAAUUUGAUAGUCCAAAGUUUCACAAUGGUCUGAUGGGAGUGAUGCAAUUGCAUUCUGCAGAAACCAUGGGUGGUUGUGAUGAGGUUACCGGCUUGUAAAUGGUCAAAUUGGUAGACCUCAGGUUGGUUAGGUUAGCUCGAGAUUUUGGUAACUUGUUCUCUUGUCAUACUUGACACAUUAUACGAUCCCUUGAUUCUUUUAUACUACCCAUUAUUUCUGAUUUAAUGUUA